AUGAGGGGUGACCUUUCGUCCAUCCCUGCAGGACUCUCCACCUUCCUCAAGAAUAUGUGGGGCAAGGAGCCCAUAAUGGUGGCAUCCUUCACCAUAGCGGGUCUCAUUAUACUUCUGCCCAUAUUCAGCCCUUAUACCAAGUAUGCCAUCAUGAUCGAUCAGGCCACACCCUACAACUACCCAGUGCCCCUCCGAGACAAUGGGAACCUGUCUGAUGUGCCCAGUCACCCCCAGGACCCCCAGGGCCCCAGCCUGGACUGGCUGAAGAAUCUGUGA